CGCGCCGGGGGCGGGGAGGGGGCCCCGGCGGAUAAAGAUGGCAAUGUCUCUCAUCCAAGCGUGCCGCAGCCUGGCUCUCUCAACAUGGCUGCUUUCCUUUUGUUUCGUGCAUCUGCUCUGCCUGGACUUCACCGUGGCCGAGAAGGAAGAAUGGUACACCGCUUUCGUGAACAUCACCUACGCCGAGCCCGCGCCGGACCCCGGGGCCGGGGCGGCGGGCGGCGGCGGCGGCGGCACCACCGCCGAGCUGCACACCGAGAAGACCGAGUGCGGGCGCUACGGGGAGCACUCGCCCAAGCAGGACGCCCGCGGGGAGGUGGUCAUGGCCAGCUCGGCCCACGACCGCCUGGCCUGCGACCCCAACACCAAGUUCGCCUCCCCGGCGCACGGCAAGAACUGGAUAGCCCUCAUCCCCAAGGGCAACUGCACGUACAGGGAUAAGAUCCGGAACGCGUUCCUGCAGAACGCCUCCGCCGUGGUCAUCUUCAACGUGGGCUCCAACAACAACGAGACCAUCACCAUGUCCCACGCAGGUGUAGAAGACAUCGUGGCAAUAAUGAUUCCUGAGCCCAAAGGGAAGGAGAUAGUAAGCCUGCUGGAGAGAAACAUCACCGUGACGAUGUACAUCACCAUCGGAACCCGGAACUUGCAGAAAUACGUGAGCCGCACCUCGGUUGUGUUUGUCUCCAUCUCCUUCAUCGUCUUGAUGAUCAUUUCCCUCGCCUGGCUGGUCUUCUAUUAUAUCCAGAGGUUUCGAUAUGCAAAUGCCAGGGACAGGAACCAGCGCCGACUGGGAGAUGCAGCAAAGAAAGCAAUCAGCAAGCUCCAGGUCAGGACCAUCAAGAAGGGUGACAAGGAAACCGAGCCUGAUUUUGACAACUGUGCAGUUUGUAUUGAAGGGUACAAGCCCAACGAUGUGGUCCGGAUCUUGCCCUGCCGGCAUCUUUUCCACAAGUCCUGUGUUGACCCCUGGCUCCUAGACCAUCGCACCUGUCCCAUGUGCAAGAUGAACAUUCUUAAAGCCCUAGGGAUCCCGCCCAAUGCCGACUGCAUGGACGACUUGCCCACUGACUUCGAGGGAUCUCUGGGAGGUCCGUCAACCAACCAGAUCACCGGCGCAAGCGACACAACCGUAAAUGAAAGCUCAGUCACUUUGGACCCUGCUGUCCGGACCGUGGGAGCCUUGCAGGUGGUCCAGGAUACAGAUCCCACCCCGCAGGAGGGAGAAAUCAUCUUCACCACCAACAGUGAGCAGGAACCAGCUAUAAGCAGUGAUUCUGACAUCUCGCUGAUCAUGGCAAUGGAGGUUGGACUGUCUGACGUAGAACUUUCCACCGACCAAGACUGCGAAGAGGUGAAAUCUUGAAAUGGCGAAUAUAGGAAAAAGGGAUGAUAGGACCCAAGGGGAAGGAAGGGAGGAGUGCCCCAAGACUGGACCAGGCACAUGCACCUCCAGACCACCUUGGCAACUCCAGGGCACUCCACACAAGAAUGGUACCGAAAAGCAAUACCCAAAGUCACGUUCAUCAGGACGCAGUUUCUCCGUCUCUACAACAGCUCAUGGCCUCGGCACCUUUGACGUUGAAAGCUGAUUUUCUCUCCCAUGUCCUUGUAGGCACACACUUCCGAAGUUCCUCAAACAGACUGAAAAGACACUUUUAGGGCUUCUUCGUUUCAUUUCAGUUUCUUGUUUUCCUAUUUGGGGAAUGUUGUUGAUUUCUUUGGCGCUUUCUUUUUAAGGACUAUGUGUAGUUUAAGUUCACUCUUUUGUUUUUCCUUUGAUUCGCUCCAGCUUUUGUACAGAGUUCUGUUUAGAAGUUCCUGCUAUGACCAGUUUGUAUUCCAUCUCUGAGAUUAACGGCCUUGACCUCUCAGCAUGAAGUGUGCAUGGCUUUAGGAAGUGCCUCAGCACGUUGAAACAGUCUAAGGCCAGCUUUCGUUUAGAAUCUGAAUUCUUUUAAGUGGAUCUUGGAAAUGCCAGCUGCCAGAGACCCCAACACCAAGCUCUGAAACUGCUGAGGCCACUGCUCAUUUUUUUUAGCUCCACACGCUGGCUUCCACUUGCCAGGCUCUGUUGAGGACCCACGUGACUUGAGAAGGAAGCUCUAGGGAGGCAUUUCAAUCCAUCUGAUUCUUAAGAGUCUUUGGCUGAAAUUCUGAACUCACAAGUUCCCACUAGGGCAUUAGCGCCAUUCUCUGUGGCUGUAGGGCUUGUCUGUCACUGGGACUGCAAGCCUAGUUUUCAAACCAGAUACCAUAUACUCUUCCCGAAAGCAAAAUGUCUGUUUCCCCAAGGCUACAGCAGUCUUUUGUUACCUCCACAAAUGCGUUCUGCAGGAGAUGGAAGCUUUAGAAGAGAUCCAGUCAUCUUUGGAUCCAACACAGUGAGGGCUGCAGUAGCAUCUAGGUCUUACCUUAAUUCCAAUAUGCUUCUGUUCAACCUCGCCAGACCUCGAGGGAGGAUUUAGGUAAAUCCUUAAGAAAUUGCUUCCCAGGGCUCCCCUGACUGCUUCUAGAUACCAAGUGAGGAGGGAGGUGUGAUUUGAUAAACCAUUUGAUCUAAAAAGUACAGCAUGGGAAUUGUUGAUGUCAAGUUUCUCCUGACUGAGAGAAACAAAGAGGGAAAGGAAACGAGGUAUCAAAGUGAAUUCUAAAAAUCCACCGGUGUUUUUUUUUGUUUGUUUGCGGUACGCCGGCCUCUCACUGUUGUGGCCUCUCCCGCUGCGGAGCACAGGCUCCGGACGCUCAGGCUCGGCGGCCAUG